AUGGAACUCUUUUCGAGGCAGAUCAUCGGUCUACUUAUUGGAACUUUCCUCCAGCCAGAUGGAAACAGAUAUAGAGAACUCCAGCAACGUGACUACUCUAAUCUCAAGAAGGUACAUAUGACUCAUUGGUGUAGAAUCCCUUCGUCUGUAUCCUCAGCCGCCUCUGCUCAUCAGGAGGAUACAAAGGUGAAGAGGAAGGUCAUAAAGUUCCAAAAAGGACCGAUAUCUUCAUUUCCAUCUCCAUACUUUUGGGAUAACCCACAAGAGUUUGAGCCUGAUAGGUUCUUAAGAACAAAGGAGAGCAAUGGUAUUGAAGGCUGGGCUGGAUUUGAUCCAUCUCGAAGCCCUGGUGCACUUUACCCCAACGAGAUCAUAGCAGACUUUCAAUCUUUACCAUUUGGUGGAGGGCCAAGGAAAUGCAUUGGAGAGCAGUUUGCACUAAUGGAGUCGACUGUUGCACUAGCUAAUGUUUGGAACCGUUUGUCUCUAAGGAUCUGA